GGAAGAACCCUAAUUUCACCAAUCUGACCCUUUCUCCCCUAUAUUCAAUUCUCCUAUCCGAAAUCUCUACUUUUAUCUCUCUCCCUCUCUAAAAAUUGCUUCUUUAUCUUAAGAAACAGAUAAAACUCUUCCUUCUUGUAAAGCAAUUCAUCACCCCUUUAUAGGUUACACGUAUUUGCACCUCACCUGUAUCUUGCCCUCUCUUGGAGAAGUAAUGACCUCGCUUGCUAGAUGAUUGCACGUGCAAAGUGGAGAUAAUGGCAUUGGCGACCCAUCAUUUGCAGGGUUCUUAUAGAACAUGCCCCUUGAGUUCUUCUUCCUGGACCACUGGAAACAAAUUGAGAAGUUCUGUAACAAAGAUUCACACUGUUACCCAGAAAGAUAAUUUCAUCUCACUGAAGUGCAAAUCCUGUUUGAGAAUAGGGGCUCCUUUUGUCCUUAAACCAAAUGGAAAAUCCUUGAAGAUCUCAGCUUUCAAGAGCAACAGCCAAAAUGAGUCUGGAGGCAGAGUUGGUGGGUCAAAAUCUCUGAAGAAUUCAGUAAAACUUUCUUAUGUGCCACAAGAGAGUGAAGAAGCCUCUGUAGAAUCUCCAAGGGCACAGAACGUUCCCAUUUCUUACUCUGCGGAAGCGGACGAGACUACAAGUAAUUUUGCCAUUCAAAAUAUAUUUAGAAGCUGGUUAACAUUGUUGCGUACACCUUCACCAAACCAAGUUACGGAUGAAACUGUGGAAGAGCCAUAUACCACAGAAACGCCAGAAAGACAAAAACUGGUACUAGAGAAAGAAAGAGGUCAAGUUCGAAAGGCGGUCUGGCGCUACUUUCUGAGUUUGGAUGCAACAAUUAAGAUACCUGUAUUAAUAUUUGUCCCCCUGUAUCUUGCUGUUACUCUAAUAUAUGGAGUUGAAGUAUCUAAAGAGUUGACCCCUCUCUGGACUCUUGGUCCUUUGAUUGUUGCUUUGUAUGUUAAGAUGCUCCGGGGAAUAUGCGCACUCUAUGUAUUCAGCUUUAAGCAGACGGUUAAAGUGGUCAGGAACUUGCCUACGUAUUCCCUAUUAACUUAUGAUUACGUUGCUCGUGGGAAGCUCAAAGAAGAGAUUAGAGCACGCUUACUGCAACCGUUGGUAGAUAUAAAGAAUUUGGACUACAAAGAAGUAGCAAAAAGAAAGGCGAAGGAUUUGGAGGUGUACUUGGUGGAGAAGUACCUGGACUAUGUUGAAUCUAUAUGGCCCUAUUACUGCAGAACUAUCAGGUUUCUGAAGAGGGCAAAUCUAAUCUAGGUCUAAGACUAUUAUAUUUUUCGCAAUAUUCUGUCAACGGAAAUGGACACUCAAAUGCGGAAUAUUUUUUGUUGUCUUUUACUUUACCUCUUUUUGUAUAAUUUUUUUGUAAGCAUUGCCAUAGGAAUUGUCUGUUGAAAACCCCAGUUUGGGCUGGGGUUAUCCCUGAGAGCAGAAAGACAGGUUUCUGUUGUAGCUUAGUGGACAUGUGAAAGUGGGCUGCAUGCGUUUUUUUGUUGUGGGACAAAUCUUGCUUCAAUAACUCGUUAUGCUUCAUGAUUUGCUUCAAUAA